ACCUGCAUACUUUCGGUUUUGUGACACAAGACCGAAAGUAGUAUAUAAGUUGUGUGCGUGACAGAAGACGCGUUUCAAGUUUGGCACUGCCUGUGACCUGUAGUUCACUGAAAAAGCAUGGAUAAAUAAUCUGGAAGGUGACAUGUCAUCUAAUGUAACAGAUAAAUGAACCUGUCAUAAACCAUUUCUGAUUGACAGUUUGAGUUUCAUAACGCAGAAAACGUGUUUUGUAACUUUAAAGAAAUCUGAAUAUUACGAAAUGUCUUUCCCUCUAAUAUGUCAAAUGAGCAUAAGGCGCAUCAGCCAGCGAGCAAAAGAUGAAAAAACAAGAAAACUAUUGAGUCGCAUAAUUAGGGUUGAUCAAGCUGGAGAACUGGGAGCUGAUAGAAUUUAUGCUGGACAAAUUGCAGUGUUGGGCAAUACUCCUGUAGGACCCAUUAUACAGGAAAUGAAAGAGCAAGAACAAGAACAUCUUGAGACGUUUAACAAGCUGAUUGUAGAGAAGAGAGUGAGGCCCACAGCAUUACUACCACUUUGGAACAUCGCUGGAUUUGCUUUAGGAGCAGGUACAGCUUUGCUUGGGAAGGAAGGAGCUAUGGCCUGUACAGUGGCAGUGGAGUCCGUCAUUGGGGAACAUUAUAACAGUCAAAUUCGGGACCUGAUGGAAGAUGACCCUGAAAAACACAAAGAACUUAUAAAAAAAUUGAGCAAGUUUCGAGAUGAUGAGCUACAUCACCACGAUACUGGGUUAGAACAUGAUGCAGAAAAGGCACCCUUGUAUGAUGCUCUUUCACAAGUGAUCAAGGUUGGGUGCAUAGGAGCAAUCUGGUUAUCAGAGAGAAUAUAAAUCCAUUAUCUGCAAUGUUUUGGACAUACAUGUAUAUUAUGUGUGUUUAUCUUCAUUAUAUGAGUGGAUGCUACUGUAACAUGUGACAAAUGGGACUAUUUCAUAGAGAUGCAAGUAGCAACAUUAGUAUCUUGAAGUGAUACGUGUAUUAUAAGAAAUAAAUCAUAUGCAAAUUUU